AGAAAAGCUACAAGCAAUGGCCGUUGUGGUUACCAAGGAAACAGUAUGCACAUGGAUACAUCUACUUCUUGAAGAAGAGCAAGAUUUUCGGACGACUAGCUAACUUAAUAGGGGGUAGGUAGACACGUCUCACUACACAAACUACUUCAGUUGAAAUUUCAUCAUUCAUAACUUAUAAAUUUAAAUUUAAUCUUUAGAAAUUGUUAAAUAUCAAUUAUAUUUUAUUACAUCAUUGCAUAAUCAUUGCCCUUUUUCACCAUGUUUCAUUGCCUGAUAGCUUUUUAAACUUUAAUUUGAAGUUUUCUGAUUGUAAACCCCCCGCCCCCCAGGCACCUUGACAGGGUGGACAACUCCCACCUUGGCAUGAAUAUUGUUUUCCUAAUAAUGCCCAAUUGACUUGCCACAUUAUUGAUUAUGUAAUCUACGAGCAAUACGCCUGCAAAAACUUUUAUAAAUAAAUAACUGUAUGAAGUUUAAUAUUAAAUUAAGUUUUAAUACUUUGAUAGGUGAGGUUUACGUUCCCGUGCUGUGGCAAGCACCGCUACUCAAAAGUGAAGAAAAGUUUCCAGUAGUGAUUGUCUCUCAUGGCAUAGGCGGAAACAGGACAACUAUGUCUACAUACUGCUAUGAACUUGCUUCCCGUGGAUUUGUUGUGGCGGCUGUUGAACACAGGUAUUUUCUUACCAAGCCUUAUUGUAAUGCGUUACAAUUGGAGUUGAGGGACGGUGGUUUUUUUUGUUUUUUUUUAAAUUUGUGAACAUGGAGCCAAAAAUGUUUUUGCCCUGUUAUUCAUUUACGAGACUGGGGAUCUUAAGUUUUUUGGUUUGGUUUUCGUUCAUCUUUGUACGCAGCCACUGACCGAAUGACGACGACCUAACUAUUCCCUUUAUUUUCAUCCUGUUAUUUUCAUCCUCAUAAUUUUCUAACAUCGAUGAUCCAUCGAAUUUUCAGAGACGGCACUGCUUCAAUGACUCUCUGUCUCAAGGACCAGCUCGACACUACCAUCAGAGAUGUAGAUGACCAUUUACCUCACAGCAAAAGUGAGAAUGACAUGCCCGUGAGCGAUGAGGACUCUAUGGAUGAUGACAGUAUAAGGCAAAGAGUACAGUUCUUCUUGGAUGAAAGGAAUGAGAAUCAAAGUGACGAGGCUGACGGUGCUGCAACAAGAGUGAGGCAGCGCAAACAGAACUCAAGGAGGUCGAUUCUGUUUAACACCUCUUUUACUGAAGAAUGGCGCCGCUUUCAACACGUGGAGAUCUGGGAUGAUUUUAACUACAGAAACAGGCAGGUCAGUUGUCCAGCUACGCUUUUUUUUUUUUUUAAAUAAAGCUCGCAUUAAAAUUAAAUAUUAAUAGUAAUACAAGUAAAUAUGUUCAAUAUAGUAAUUAAAUAAAGUAAACAUUAAAAAAAUAUGAUUUAAAAAUAAAUGGCCCAUGAAUCUGUUGAGUAAUUUAUAAAUACAUUUCUAAUCCCUCAUAGUCAUGCUAUUUGUCAUGCAUAGUCUUAUAAAUGAGACACACAAUUUUUUGUAAAUAAAACAGUACAAUUUAAGAUUUACUUAUCAUGAGAUAAAAAUUUAAAGGCAUUGGUUAAUACCUUCUUCAGGAAGUAGUGGAACAAGGUAUGUGGACGCUUGAACUAUGAAGACAUGAUAAUAAAGAGAGUUUUUUUUUGAAAACCUAACCUUCCAGCAAUAACAAAGCAUUUAUGUCCAUCUCCACAAACUUGGGUUUUUUAACUGUUUUGUUUUCUAAUUCUUAUUGUUUCUUCUAUGACCUGCCGGCUGAAGAACGCUCUUAGCUGAAACGUUCUUCUUUUAAUCAUCCUGUCUUUAUAUUUCAAGCUUCCACAUACCUUGUUCCUUUAACUCCGCCCUUCAUUAAUUAUCCUGCCUUAUUCAUUACAACUUCUCUUAGUCCUAGGAACUUUCAAAUUUUUUACAUUAAAAUUUGAAAUAUUUUUGUCAAUAUUUAAAUGAUGGCCUCACAUCAGCCUUGAUUUACCUGACAUCAUUGAUUGCUUCCAAACAUUCAUUUUAAGUGAGUCAAAAUCAUCCCUAUUUUUUUGUUGUUAUGAAUAAAUUUCAAAUGUUAAGUUAAAAUGUAAGGGAUUUCAGUUGCCAAUGUUAGCUGAGUGCUAUUUAAUCUUCAAUUUCAGAUGUAUCAAAGGGCAGAGGAGAUCAGAGACAUUUUGGAUGAGUUGGGGAGCAUGAAUAAGGGCAACCCAAACAAUAACCUGCUCAAUCUGGCUUUUAAAACAACACAGUUUAAGGUAGGUACUUUUAUUCUAAAGUGAGGUUGUAGGGAGUGUGUGUGGGGGAAAAAAAAGGGAGGGGGGGUUCUAAUAGAAAAUCCCUCAAGCCUGAAGGCCAGGGUAUAUUAUCAUCAUCCUGUUGCACCCCUCCAGGGGCAUAUAUAUAUAUAUAUAUAUAUAUAAAAUUACAAUUUUAUAAUUAUAAGUUUUCUUCAUUUAUUUCCAAUAGGAUCGUCUGGACUUCUCUAGAGUGGCAAUCAUUGGUCACUCCUUCGGCGGUGCGACUGUGCUUGCAACAUUAGCAAAAGAUGCCAGAUUCAAGUAAGUAAAUUUACAACAUUAACGGUGUGCCCAGUUUUUACCACUUUUCAUUAGUUAAUGUAAUAAAAGAAGAGCUUUUCAAUAGUUAGCGAGUGGGGAGUCAUCUAUUGAGGAGGUGAGGGGUCGGUAAAACACCAGAUUUUCCUCUAUGGGUAUUUGAAGCUAAUAUUGAAUAUUCUGUCUGUUAUAUUUCACCAUCCCUGUGUUAUUGGCAAGCUGAAUAAAUGACCACAUCCAAAUAAGAAAGACGCAACUGUGGAUGCCUUGUAAAAUAAAUUUUGUUUUUUUAAUCCAGGGUUGGAAUCUCUCUGGAUGGGUGGUUCCAUCCGGUGGAUGACUGGAUAGACAAAACAGCCAAGCAGCCUUGCCUGUUACUGAACAUGGAACAAUUUCAGUGGGAGAAGAAUGUAAAAAGAAUGUUCAAGUUCCAGAAGGCCGACCCCUCAGCGGACAGACCAAUGUUAACUUUACGGUGAGUGGUUCAAUUUUAAAUAUAUUCUGUUCCAUGUAAAGGCCAAUAUUGGUUAAAAUGCUAACACUGUAACCAUCUUGUUAAGAGCUGGAUGAACUUUAUGUUAGAAAAUUCCCAAGUCUCACCUCCCUGAGAUCAGCUUCUGACAUCAAUGUACAUGUUACUAAACCCAGCAGAUUUUUUAAAAUUAGGCUGCAUCUAAUCAGUAAAAAUACAAAAAUAAUAAUUUAGAUCAGCUGUUUUUUUUUGAGAAACUAAUACCAUAUUUUUUAUUACAAUUUUUAUGUGGUCCCUAUUUUUUGCUUGGGUUCCACAUUUUGUUAAUGGGUUUAAAUUUAUUUGAAUUUAAAAUUCAUGCUGUGAACAUUUUUGGUGAAUUUCCAAAAUUAGUUACAAAAGGAUCCUAGUAUCUAUUAGCAUUAAUACCAGUACUUGUUUAAGAAUUGGUGCUCUCAAUUAUCUAACAGAUCAGUUAAUGAAUUCAAUUUUUUUUCCCUUGUUUUUAGUGGAGGAUGUCACCAGAGUAUGACAGACUUCCAGUUUAUUGUGCCCCAAAUAAUUGGACGCAUGAUGGAUGUGUGCCACACCCUGGAACCAGAGUCAUGCAUAUCAACGUGUGUCAACACAUCUCUGGCCUUCCUCUACAAGCAUCUUGGUAAGUUAGCUCCCAUUUUGUUUCAGGAAUGUGUAUUUACUCUCUCGAUCAUUUGUGUUCUCUCCCCUUGCUGAUCUCUCAAGGCCAUUUUUAACAUUGUGUUGUGUUGUUGUCACCAGAAAGAUAUGUUUUUAAAUUAAGGGCACCCAGCACCCAGAGCAGGCUGAUAGUACGUUUAAAUGUGCAUAGUUUAGAUUUUAAAAAAUGUGUUCAAAAAAAAAAAAGAGGAAGUUCUCACUGUUAUCUCUCCUAAUGUCACUUUUUGCAACUAUUUCGUUGUUUACUCUUAAAUAUAAAUCAGUUACUGAAAUGUAGCUAAAUUCAUAGCCCAACCCCAGCCACCACCACCCACCCAUUUAUGUAUUUAUUUCAAAUUUUAAGUUUUGUCCCACAUUUCAGAUUUACACUGUUCAAAGAGUAAUGCAACCAACACAUUCUCCAGAUCUUUUGUACACGUCUUAUAUUUGGGUUACACAAAUGAUUUUUACAAAACUGACAAUGCUACUACUAUUGACGAUGGCCUCUGUUAUUUUAUUUGCAGAUCUACCCCUUGAACAAAUCCACAGAGACCUGCUCGAUGCCAAGAAUCCCCACCUCAUGAAAGGCACCAAUGUGGACAUGUCUAUUCCUGAUGAUGGACCUACUCCACCUUAAAAGCAAGAUUUGUCUCACACGUGGACAAAUUAAUUCCCAGUGUCUGUGACAAUCAAAUGUCUUAUCAUAAUAUGUUUUUGCUAUUUAUUUUUUUUAAAGAAAAAACAAAUUUAAGAAAACCAAG